CAAGAAAAUAUCCAUUUGAGGUUUUUGGAGGUUCCACCGUGGCCGGCACUGAGCUUCAGUUCACUCAUUUUCCGCCGGAAAGAAUUCAGAUUUCAUCUUUAGGGCACGUCAAGAGGAACUUGUUUCAAUCUCAUGAUAAGACUAUCAAGGCUAUAAAACGAUAUACUGGUAUUCUUGUCUAUGAUUCCAAGUCGUAUUUGUAUCCGAAUAUGAAUGUUUUGAGAGGAGUUGGAGUCCCUGAAUCGAAUAUCCUUAUGCUGCUUAACUAUAAGGCUAGAACGCUUUUGUGUAAACCGGUUCGGCUUAAGGAGAUUGUGGAGGAAGUCAAAGGAAUGGGGAUUGAUUCUUCAACGACGAAGUUUCUUGCUGCGGUUAUUGCUUUGACAUCAAUGAGCAAAUCCACACUAGAGAAGAAAUUUGAUGUAUAUAGGAGAUGGGGUUGGUCGGACCAAGAGAUUCGUGAAGCUUUUCAAAGGUAUCCAUCGUGUGUUACUGCUUCAGAGGGUAAGAUCAUGGCUAUAAUGGACUUUCUCGUGAACAAAAUGGGCUAUCAUUCGAAUCUCGUUGCUAAACAACCGAGUAUUUUCAGUCAAAGCUUAGAGAAGAGGAUUGUCCCAAGGGCUUUAUUUGCUCGAGAAUUGUUAUCACUAGGUUUGGUUAGUAACUUAACAUUGUCUGCAUUGUUCGACACAUCAGAGAAGGUGUUUGUGAACCGUUUUGUAAACAUAGCACCCGAGCUCUUGAUACUAUACGAAGAAAAAAAGAAGUCAGUAUAGGCUGCAGCAUUAGUAUUUUGUAGGAUGUAUUAAAUUGCAGAUUAGGACCAAACUUUUGGCGCAUUAAGCUUUGGAUAUUUUUCAUGUUCGUGUUGUCUGGUUUGAGUUCAUUAAUCUUGAUCUUCAACUUGUUGUAGUUUGAAUAUGUUAAUGGAACCAGCCACUCUCUUUUAGCUGUA